UUACGUUUGGCAGUAGGCGCAGAAAUAAUUGAAAGAAUACGUGAACAAAUCAAAGAGAAAACACAAUUCCAUUGUUCGGCUGGUAUUGGUUCCAAUAAGAUGAUCGCAAAAUUGGUGUGUUCGAGACACAAACCUCGUCAACAAUCGCUCAUUCCGGAUGCAUUCAUACCGGAAGUAUUCCGCAAUACUCGAAUACGAUCCAUACGCAAUUUGGGUGGUAAACUUGGGCGUGCGCUUAUGGACGCUUUUUCAAUUGAGGCUGGUUUAUAG